AUGCAAGUUGGAUCUCUGCCGCUAUCAGCGUUUGUUCCUCCUCCGCCCCCCAGUGCCAUCAGCUUCCCAGUCAACCGACAUAUGGUUAAGACAGAGCAUAUUAUUAGUGAACUGGGCUUGACAUUGCCACCCGCACCUACAGCGGCUGCGAAUUAUCAGCCGUGCCAGCGCGUUGACAACGUCUUGUACCUCUCUGGUCAUUUGCCGCUUCGUGACGAUGGAACGCUUCAUACGGGAACUCUUGGAAAAGAUUAUGAUGUACAAGCUGGCUACCAAGCAGCUCGGCAGGUUGGAUUGAAUCUCAUCGCAUCUUUGAAACACGAAUUGGGAGAUCUCGACAGAGUUGAGAAGAUUGUGAAACUUUUCGGAAUCGUCCAGUCCACAGAUGAUUUCCAUGAACAGCACAAGGUAGUCAAUGGAUGUUCUGAUCUAUUUUGUGAAGUAUUUGGGAAAGAGCGAGGGAUGCACGCACGAUCAGCGAUUGGUACAAACGCCUUGCCCCUCGGAAUCGCCGUCGAGAUUGAAGCCAUAGUUCUAGUGAGAGACACUUCAACUUAGGCGUACGACUGAUUGUGAGACGGAACUUUCAAUACGGUCUUGCGUGUGUUUAGUUCUUUGCAAGAUAGAGCUAUAAAGCACUAAAGUUAACGGUAA